UUCGAAAAUGUUACUUCUACUUGUGAUGCUGCAAUUUAUAAGUUUUCUUAAUGGAAAGAGAAAUAUUACCCUGGAGAAAUGCGAUGCCAGGUACCAAAAAAUCGAUACAAGACUGCAUUAUGUCCUGGAAUGUCUAGUAGAAUUCGUGAACACCACAGAGCUUUUCAAAGAUGUUAUGCAACAAAUGGAUCAAGUAGAGCGACAGUUGGAUCAUCUUCUAUCAGAAAGCUUUACGCCCUCUAUCUACAAAGACAUAGAUGAUGUGUUUUUCAUUCACGGAAAUGUGGCUGAUCAAGAUUGCCAGCGACAACGUCAAGUUGUGCAAGCCAUCCGUCGAAAGCUGGAAUGGUUUAAUCUGUUUAAUGGCCAAGAGACCACACUUUUUAAUUGGCCUUGGGAUCAUGUUAAUUUAUACCCAGUACCCGAUGAUUCCAAUCAGCCGAAGGAGCAUCUGAAACCCAUUCAGUUCUCCACCCAACAAGAAGCCCCAUUUCAGCAGUUUCGCUGUCUAGUGGCAAAAGCCAUCCGGAACGCUAGUAAUCAUUUAAGCGUUUAACCUUUGUUGGCCCAAUUGAUUGCGACAAUUAAGGCGGCACAAAAGUGACAGAUGCGACAGGUGGACGAAGGGACGAGUGGUCUGAAUUUAAAUUGUAAAUAAAUAUGCAAACAGGCGGGCGGGACAAUGGCUACCAACCAAAAUCCUGGGGCUACAAUGCCAUCAGAGAAUCGCUGGCUUGUGGCACUGGGCAAAAAGUUACUUUAGAAUUAUUUUAUUAUUUUAAUUAUGGAUUUAAAGAAGAUAAUUUGAAGAAAGAUUAAUAGGUGUUAUGACAUUUAGAAAAAACAAACAACCCGGAUAACCAUGUCCUUCAAAUUAAACCAACUCAUGUCUAACUUUCAGAAAAUGUAU